AUGACUAAGCACCAUAUUGAUUGGAACAAAUGUAUUGACGUGUGUAGUGAUGGAGCGGCAGCUAUGGUUGGCAAAAUAAAAGGCACUGUAACAAGAAUCAAGGAGGUUGCACCUAAAUGUAGUAGCAGUCACUGCGUUUUACAUCGCCAUGCCCUUGUCGCAAAAAAAAUGCAAUACGAGCUCAAGACAGUUCUCGACCAAGCAGUACUAAUUGUAAACUACGUUAAAUCACGUCCACUCCAGUCGAGGCUUUUUAAAAAAGUGUGUGAGGAUAUAGGAAGUCAGCAUCAAUCACUUCUUCUUCACACGGAAGUAAGAUGGCUUUCAAGAGGAAGAGUUCUAUUAAGGCUGUUUGAAUUGCACGACGAGCUUAAGAUAUUCUUUACCAAACAACCAGUUUCUGCACACGUUAAUAAGCUUGUUGAACUGCUGCAUGAUGAGCAAUGGUUGAUGCAAUUGGCUUAUUUAGCUGAUAUAUUCGAUAAGCUCAACGUAAUCUGCAAGGCAUUACAGGGACGAGCUACAACAAAAUUUACAGUAAAUGAUAAAAUGUCUUCACUGAAAAACAAGCUUGCGUUCUGGAUUGAAUGUGUUGAAAAACAUAAUUACGAAUGUUUCACAAUAUUAAAUGACUUUCUAAAAGAAAAUGAGCUGCGGGUAUCUUCAGACGUGGAAAAGAAUAUACAUGAGCAUUUGACAAGCCUUACAAAAUCUUUGCAUGAGUAUUUUCCGGAGCAGUUGCAGGACAUGGACUGGGUGCAGAAUCCGUUUGUAAAUCACACCAAACCUUCGAUGCUGUCGGUGUCAGAGUAUGAGAAUUUGAUUGACAUCAAAUUUUCAUCAACGCUAAAACAAAAGUAUGAAGAAGGAACUUUUGAUUUAAACGCCUUUUGGAUUGGACUCAAAGAUGAAUACCCAGAAAUUGUUAAUAGAGCCAUCACAUUACUGUUACCGUUUGUGACGACUUACCGAUGCGAGACUGGUUUUUCCGCAUAUGCUUACACCAAAAGCAAGUACAGAAAUAGACUGGAUGCAGCUCCAGAUCUUCGCGUUCAACUGUCGGACAUUAAGCCUAAUUUUAAUGCUAUUUUAAGAAAAUAUGUAAAAAAAUUUCAUUCGUCACAUUAA